AUGGGAAGCCAAACUAUGACUCUCAAGUUGAUUCUCAGUAAUGCAAGUCAACCAUCAUCCUCUUCACCCUGCGAACCCGAUUUUCUCCUCGUGCUGAUUGAAGCUCUAAAUAUACAUCUUCCAUAUCCGAUCGAAUACACUGGUGACCCCACGCAAGAUGUAUCUCAUCUAAGCACUCAACUAGACCUUGCAACACGGAGCUAUUUCCUGAAGAAUUAUUCAUACAAAUUCAGCAGCAAUCCUCUCCCAAGGCGUCUAUCCAAGCCCUCCAAGCCCUUCGCUUUUACAGAUUUAUUCAGCUGCCCAACCUCUACCCCCCAACUCAUCGAUGCCCACAUUCUUACGCGCGGCCUCUCAGUAAAUAAUAAUAUACCGCGCCCGUAUGCGAAUUUAAUUGCCGCUGAUCUAUACGCUGCCAUGAAGAAAUGCCUAUGCACCAGUCCUGCACAAGAUUGGCAGGUCCAAGUCUACCAUCGAAUCUACAGCGAGGACCUAGGUAUUUUACCUAACUGGGCCAUUGAUGCUGUCUGGCUCUGGAAAGUGGUCAUAGCCGUAGAUUGGCGAAAGUCUCCGUCGAUCCGCAGAAAAUUUCUACUUCUCAACUACGCCGGAGUGGCCUAUGCAACCAAAGAGAUGCCAGACCCAUACGCUGAAUGA